CCUAUAUGUUUAAAAUGGCCUGAAAUUAUUAUUUAUUUAAUUUAGCAAUAUAUAAUCACAAUAUCUGAAUUUCAUAUUCCUAUUCCAAAGGCGUUUCUCUUGGUGUGGCACAGUGAAGCUCUGUUAUAGUUUCUCCUAAAUGGCUGUAGAAACCUUUUAGCUCUAAUUGAAACUUUUAUGUUUAAGAGGGGGAGGAAGGCAGACAUGACAUAUUUCAAAAGCUUAAAGCCAAAUGGAUUCGUAAGGUCAAGCAUUGGGAUGCGUUGGACUGCAUUUGCAGUGUCACUGAAGUGGAAAUUUAAUCAAGAUAGAGGAACACCCAUAAGGAGCUACAUGGGACCAUAUGCAUAAUGAAUGAAUGGCAUGAUGCUCUUUAGACUGACUUUAUGACCCUUCAGUAACAUUUCUAAAGCAACCAAAUCAAUCAUAGCAAAUUAAAGCACAAGAUGCUCUGGUCACAUAACAUCCCAAAGCCUUUAAGGAAGUGACAGACUGACUUUCAUGAGGGUUUGUUCAGUUUAAUAUUAGCUUCACUCCACAAUGUAAUGAAUAAAAAUGGGUUUUGUUAGCCAUUGAUUGGGCAAUAGGAUGUUUCAGGUUGAUUAUUAUCUAAACUGAAAUACAAAAAGGAAUUUCAAUAGAGGACACAGGUGAUGUGUAACAUAUUUGACUUUCUGACCAAUGAAAUAGCAGGUUUGCAAUAUGACAAGUCUGAAAAAUCUUCUAAUGUUUGUGCACAUUAUGUUUCCUCAAACACAGAGACUGUUCUUGGACUCCAGAUAUUGAAGUGCUUGAACGACCAUGCUCUUUCCCACACAGACUUGUAUGCUUUUUCUAAUUGUAUUGGUCAAUGCUGCAGAGCAGUGUUUCUGAAAAAAAUACUGGCUGUGUCUACGGUCACCCCGGGAUCCCUGGAGACCCAGGACACAAUGGAAUGCCAGGAUGUGAUGGCAGAGAUGGGGCCAAAGGUGAUAAAAGAGACGGAGGUGAUAUAGGAACAUGCGGCACAUCUGAUAAAGAUGGACCAAAAGGAGAUAAAGGAGAACCUGGUGUUCCUGGCAUAGCCGGUGCGAAGGGGAAACGUGGAGACAAUGGAGAAAGGGGCCCACCUGGCAAAAUGGGGCCCCAAGGCUUCCCAGGGCCACUUGGUUUCAUCGCGCCACAAAGAUGACACAAAAGAGCAUAAACAGCAUACAUGACAUGGAGAGACACAGAGAAGACCAUUGACAAAGGAAUUAUUGAAUAAAGUCAUUAUUUUUGUUUUCUUCACUUACAAAAAGU